GUAUUAGACUUGUGUAUUUGGUGAAAAUAAUAUAUCAUAUUAGAAAAUUGUUUUCAUUACGGUUGUAAAUAAGUUUAUUUUUAGAACUUGCCUUAGGCCCCUAAAACUCUUCGCACGGCACUGUCCAUGAUACUUCCAAAAUGAAAAGAACUACCCGCUCUGUUUCAUAUUGUAGGUACGUAGUUUUAGCGAAAUAAUUCAUAAUGUGAAUAGUUUUCAUGUUUCAAUGAACUUUUUUACUUAUUAAAUAUUGUUUAGCCAAUUAAAUAGUUAGCUUUUCUAAAAUUGGUUGAAUUUAUUGAUUAAAUGAUAUUUUUAAACUACUUACAUUAUAAAACAUAAGGAAUACUAUAUAAUCAGUUCCUUACUAUGAAAUGCUUAGUUGAUUUAUUGAGCCCCCUCACUAGUCUUGGGCAAAAAAAACCGAACCAAAUUAUCCGAAACCGGAUCGAAACCCUCAAUUACCCGAAUGGUUCAUAUAUUUCGAAACCCGAAUAACCGAUCCAAAACUGGAACCGAACGGAUACCCGAAUAUGAAAAACAAGUUUUAGCUUUCUGAAAAAAUGUAAAAUAUCGUCAAAUCCACUUGAAUCUGGGUUUGAGAAGAAGAAUAAGAACAUUGUUAGUAGAAAACCAUGUUAUCUUUUAUAUAUGUACUCUCUUAUAUUAUACAUAUAUCUAUGGUAUUUCUAUAUUAAAUUAAAAUAAAUACUUAUAAAACAACACUUUAGUGAUUUGAACUCUAUUUGGAUUCAAAAUUAUACAAGUGUUUAACCAUUAAACCACUUAAAUUAAUAUGUUAACUAAUAUAUUUUGUAUAUAUAUAUAUAUAUAUAUAUAUAUAUAUAUUUGAUUCAUAUAUCAAAUGGGUACCCGAAACCGAACUAAAACCGAAAUGAAAUUUCAUAAGUACCUAUUGGAUAUAAGAGUGAUUAUCGAUAUAUCCGGAACCGAAGGGUUUCUACCCGAAACCGAACCGAAUACCCGAAUGACCAGGAGUACCCUCACAAUGAAAAAAUUACCUAACAUCAGAUUUUUGUUUUUUUUUUUGACCUCUUCGCCCCACUCCACUCAGGUUCCUGUUCCUUGUAGAGUAAGUCGUAUGAUCUUUAUAAAAGUAGAGUAAUUAUUACUUUAUUAAUUUUAGAAAAGACAAAAAAAUACUUAAAAGUAGGUUCAUUUAAUUAUUUCAAUGAAAUUAGGUUGUAUAUAUUGUGCAAAAUUAAGGGUUAGUUUUAAUUAGUACUUUUUUUUAACCGAUUAGAUUAUUGCUCUUGAGUUGUUUAGUGUUUUCCUGAUUUCAAAUUUUGGUGCAAUCGAUCUUUGUGUCGACGGAUGACAUUUCACAUGCAAAUUUUCAAUGCUUUGAGAAUAUAUUUUUUAGCAAUUUCGAGAAAAGAUGUACAUUCUAUAUACUAUUGUAGCACGUUUAUUAAGUAUUGGAAAUAUCAUAUAUUACAUUAUGUAUACGUAGAUUAACACUAAGAUUAAACAAUGCAAGGCGACGACAGAGGCACAGCGCACAGUAGGUGGCUAUUAUUAUAUAAAACCGUAUAUGCAUAUUUAAUUUAUUAAUUAAUCAUAUUAAUCAUAUUUUUUUCUUUAAGCAAGGAAAUAGCACGACGCACCUUAAUUAGUAUAAAUAUGCAUAGACGCGUCCACAAAUGAUCACAGUUCUCAUCAAACGUUAAGUAUCAAUCAAGAGAAGAAGAGUGAGAAGAAGAGAUAGAUCAUGGCAACUACUCCAAAAUGGAUCAUGGUGGGAGGAGAAGGUCCUGAGAGUUACAACCAGAACUCCUCGUAUCAGAGAGCACUGUUAGAAGCGGCAAAAGAAAAGAUGAGCGAGGCUAUCAAGGCCAAACUCAGCCUUGAUUUGAUCUCUGAUCGGUUCAGUGUGGCAGAUUUUGGUUGUGCGAGUGGACCUAACACUUUUGUUGCAGUCCAAAACAUCAUUGAUGCAGUUGAAGACAAGUACCGCAAGGAAACCGGACAAAACCCGGCCGAGAACAUCGAGUUGCAAGUCCUCUUCAACGACUUUACCACUAACGAUUUCAACACUCUCUUCCAGUCACUUCCUGCGGGCAGAAGAUACUACAGUGCUGGUGUUCCGGGUUCCUUCUUCGAACGUGUUCUUCCUAAAGAGAGUUUCCACAUAGGAGUUAUCAAUUACGCAUUCCAUUUCACCUCCAAAAUCCCCAAAGGGAUCACGGACCGCGACUCUCCAUCCUGGAACAGAGACAUGCAUUGCACUGGGUUCAACGAAGCGGUCAAGAAAGCAUAUCUUGAUCAGUACUCGGCCGACACCAAGAUUCUAUUAGAUGCUAGAGCCGACGAGCUCGUCCCCGGGGGAUUGAUGUUGCUUUUUGGAUCGUGUCUGAGAGACGGAGUUAAGAUGUCCGAGACCUCCAAAGGAAUAGUGUUGGAUGCUGUCGGAGCUUCUCUUAACGACCUUGCUCAACAGGGUGUUAUCGAACAAGAUAAGGUGGACUCUUUUAGCACGCCACUCUACUUUGCAGAAGAAAAUGAGUUGAAGCAAAUCAUAGAGGAAAACGGGAGAUUCACAAUAGAGGCGUUCGAAGAUAUCAUUCACGCAAAGGGGGAGUUUACGCUUGACCCCAAGGUUUUGGCAGUCUCUUGCAGGGCCUCCUUUGGAACUUUUCUAUCUCAACAUUUUGGAGAGAAAGUCUUUACCAAAGUCUUUGACCUCAUCGAGGCCAAGCUACGCCAACAGCUUCCUCGCCUCCUGAAUGCCAAACCCGGAAUGCAGUACCUAAUCGUGCUUCGAAAGAAAAACUAGUGAUCCAAAACUAUUAUUGUGUUUCCGUUAUUGUUUAUCUUGUUCGUCUAUUGAUGCUUUGUCUUCUUCUACUUCGCUGCUAUGCUACGUGUUUGUAUUCUCAGUCCUACAAAUUAAUAAAUGUCUCUCUACGGGUCGUCAACCAUAUAAAAACAUUGUUGCUCAAUGACAA